CAAUUGCCAUACCAGGCAGUCAUGCAAACAGUCAGGAUGCUCUCAAUGGUGCAGCUAUAGAACCUUUUGAGGAUCUGAAGACCCAUGCCAAAUCUUUUCAGUCUUCUGAGGGGGGAUAGGUUUUGUCGUGUCUGCUUCACGACUGUCGUGGUGUGCUUGGACCAUGUUAGUUUGUUGGUGAUGUGGACACCAAGGAACUUGAAGCUCUCAACCUGCUCCACUGCAGCCCUGUCGAUGAGAAUGGGGGCGUGCUCGGUCCUCUUUUUCCUGUAGUCCAUAAUCAUCUCCUUUGUCUUGAUCAUGUUGAGGGAGAGGUUGUUGUCCUGGCACCACACGGCCAGGUCUCUGACCUCCUCCCUAAAGGCUGUCUCGUUGUCAUUGAUCAGGCCUACCACUGUUGUGUCAUUGGCAAAUUGAAUGAUGGUUUUGGAGUCGAGCCUGGCCGUGCAGUCAUGAGUGAACAGGGAGUACAGGAGGGGACUGAGCACGCACCCCUGGGGGCUCCAGUGUUGAGGAUCAGCGUGGCAGAUGUGUUGCUACCUACCCUCACCACCUGGGGGCGGCCCGUCAGGAAGUCCAGGAUCCAGUUUCAGAGGGAGGUGUUUAGUCCCAGGGUCCUUAGCUUAUUGAUGAGCUUUGAGGGCACUAUGGUGUUGAACACUGAGCUGUAGUCAAUGAAUAGCAUUCUCACAUAGGUGUUCCUUUUGUCCAGGUGGGAAAGGGCAGUGUGGAGUCCAAUAGAGAUUGCAUCAUCUGUGGAUCUGUUGGGGCGGUAUGCAAAUUGGAGUUAUCUUAAUCAGCUACUACUGUUGUGUCGUCUGCAAACUUGAUGAUUGAGUAGGAGGCGUGCGUGGACACGCAGUCAUGGAUGAACAGGGAGUACAGGAGGGGGCUGAGCACGCACCCUUGUGGGGCCCCAGUGUUGAGGAUAAGCAUAGUGGAGGAGUGGUUUCCUACCUUCACCACCUGGGGGCGGUCUGUCAGGAAGUUCAGGACCCAAUUGCACAGGGUGGGGUUCAGACCCAGGGCUACGAGCUUAAUAAUGAGCUUGGAGGGUACUAUGGUGUUGAAGGCUGAGCUGUAGUCAUAGAACAGCAUUUUUAUUUAUUUAACCUUUAUUACAAUAUAGCAAUUAAACACUGGAGUGAUAGAUGUGCAGAAGAUGAAUGUGCAAGUAGAGAUACUGGGGUGCAAAGGAGCAAAAUAAAUAAAUACAGUAUGGGGAUGAGGUAGUUAGAUGGGCUAUGUACAGGUGCAGUGAUCUGUGCGCUGCUCUGACAGCUGGUGCUUAAAGUUAGUGAGGGAGAUAUGAGUCUCCAGCUUCAGUGAUUUUUGCAGUUCGUUCCAGUCAUUGGCAGCAGAGAACUGGAAGGAAAUUGGCUUUGGGGGUGAGGAAUUGGCUUUGGGGUUGACCAGUGAAAUAUAGCUGCUGGAGCGCGUGCUAUUAGUGGGUGCUGCUAUGGUGACCAGUGAGCUGAGAUAAGGCGGGGCUUUACCUAGCAAAGUCUUGUAGAUGACCUGGAGCCAGUCGGUUUGGCGACGAGUAUGAAGUGAGGGCCAGCCAACGAGAGCGUACAGGUUGCAGUGGUGGGUAGUAUAUGGGGCUUUUGUGACAAAACGGAUGGCACUGUGAUAGACUGCAUCCAAUUUGUUGAGUAGAGUGUUGGAGGCUAUUUUGUAAAUGACAUCACUGAAGUCGAGGAUCGGUAGGAUGGUCAGUUUUACGAGGGUAUGUUUGGCAGAGUGAGUGAAGGAUGCUUUGUUGCGAAAUAGGAAGCCGGUUCUAGAUGUAAUUUUGGAUUGGAGAUGCUUAAUGUCAGUCUGGAAGGAGAGUUUACAGUCUAACCAGACACCUGGGUAUUUGUAGUUGUCCACAUGUUCUAAGUCAGAACCGUCCAGAGUAGUGAUGCUGGACGGGCGGGCAGGGAUCGGUUGAAGAGCAUGCAUUUAGUUUUACUUGCAUUUAAGAGCAGUUGGAGGCAACGGAAGGAGAGUUGUAUGGCAUUGAAGCUCUUCUGGAGGUUAGUUAAGUGUCCAAAGAAGGGCCGUAAGUAUACAGAAUGGUGUCCUCUGCAUAGAGGUGGAUCAGAGAAUCACCAGGAGCCAGAGCGACAUCAUUGAUGUAUACAGAGAAGAGAGUCAGCCCGAAAAUUGAACCCUGUGGCACCCCCAUAGAGACUACCAGAGGUCCGGACAACAGGCCCUCUGAUUUGGCACACUGAACUAUCAGAGAAGUAGUUGGUGAACCAGGCGAGGCAGUCAUUUGAGAAACCAAGGCUGUUGAGUCCGCCGAUAAGAAUGUGGUGAUUGACAGUCGAAAGCCUUGGCCAGGUCGACGAAUACGGCUGCGCAGUAUUGUCUCUUAUCGAUGGCGGUUAUGAUGUCGUUUAGGACCUUGAGCGUGGCUGAGGUGCACCCAUGACCAGCUCUGACACAAGAUUGCAUAGCAGAGAAGGUACGGUGGGAUUCGAAAUGGUCGGUAAUCUUUGUUAACUUGGCUUUCGAAGACCUUAGAAAGGCAGGAUAGGAUAGAUAUGUCUGUAGCAGUUUGGGUCUAGUGUCUCUCCCUUUUGAAGAGGGGGAUGACUGCGACAGCUUUCCAAUCUUUGGCAAUCUCAGACGAUACGAGAGGUUGAACAGGCUAGUAAUAGGGGUCGCAACAAUUUCGGCGGAUAGUUUUAGAAAGAGAGGGUCCAGAUUGUCUAGCCUGGUUGAUUUGUAAGGGUCCAGAUUUUGCAGCUCUUUCAGAAUAUCUAUGUGGAUUUGAGUGAAGGAGAAAUGGGGGAGGCAUGGGCGAGUUGCUGUGGGGGGUGCAGGGCAGUUAAUUGAUUCUCAAUUAUCGUGGAUUUAUUGGUGGUGACAGUGUUUCCUAGCCUCAGUGCAGUGGGCAGCUGAGAGGAGGCGCUCUUAUUCUCCAUGGACUUUACAGUGUCCCAGAUCUUUUUUGAGUUUGUGCUACAGGAUGCAAAUUUCUGUUUGAAAAAGCUAGCCUUUGCUUUCCUAACUGCCUGUGUAUAUUGGUUCCUAACUUCCCUGAAAAGUUGCAUAUGACAGGGGCUAUUCGAUGCUAAUGCAGUACGCCACAGGAUGUUUUUGUGCUGGUCAAGGGCAGUCAGGUCUGGAGUGAACCAAGGGCUAUAUCUGUUCCUGGUUCCAUUUUUUUUGAAUGGGGCAUGCUUAUUUAAGGUGAUGAAGGCACUUUUAAAGAAUAACCAGGCAUCCUCUACUGACGGGAUGAGGUCAAUAUCCUUCCAGGAUACCCGGGCCAGGUCGUUUAGAAAUGCCUGAUCGCUGAAGUGUUUUAGGGAGCGUUUGACAGUGAUGAGGGGUGGUCGUUUGACCGCAGACCCAUUUACGGAUGCAGGCAAUGAGGCAGUGAUCACUGAGAUCUUGGUUGAAGACAGCAGAGGUGUAUUUGGAGGGCAAGUUGGUUAGGAUGAUAUCUAUGAGGGUGUCCGUGUUUACGGAUUUGGGGUUGUUCCUGGUAGGUUCAUUGAACAUUUGUGUGAGAUUGAGGGCAUCAAGUUUAGAUUGUAGAAUGGCCGGGGUGUUAAGGAUGUCCCAGUUUAGGUCACCUAGCAGCAUGAGCUCUGAAGAUAGAUGGUGGGCAAUCAAUUCACAUAUGGUGUCCAGGGCACAGUUGGGGGCAGAGGGUGGUCUAUAGCAAGCGGUAACAGUGAGAGACUUGUUUCUGGAAAGGUGGAUUUUUAAAAGUAGAAGCACGAAUUGUUUGGGUACAGAGCUGGAUAGAAAGACAGAACUCUGCAGGCUAUCUCUGCAGUAGAUUGCAGCUCCACCCCCUUUGGCAGUUCUAUCUUGUCGGAAAAUGUUAUCGUUGGGAUAGAAAUUUCAGGGGUUUUGAUGGUCUUCCUAAGCCAGGAUUCAGACACGGCUAGGACAUCCCUGUUGGCAGAGUGUGCUAAAGCAGUGAAUAAAACAAACUUAGGGAGGAGGCUUCUAAUGUUAACAUGCAUGAAACCAAGGCUUUUAUGGUUACAGAAGUCAACAAAUGAGAGCACCUGGGGAAUGGGAGUGGAGCUAGGCACUACAGGGCCUGGAUUAACCUCUACAUCACCAGAGGAGGAGUAGGAUAAGGGUACGGCUAAAGGUUAUAAGAACUGGUCGUCUAGUACGUUCGGAACAGAGUAAAAGGAGCAGGUUUGAGGACGCGGCUAGGGAUACAGUCUGGGCCAACAGCCUUGCGAGGAUUAACACACUUAAAUGUCUUACUCACGGAGGAGAGCACAAAUUCAGGGGGUUGAAUACUUAUCUAAUCAAGAUAUAUUAGUGUUUUAUUAUUCAUCACUUAAAUGUUUUUUUCUCAUUUUGACAGUAUUUUGUGCAGAUCGUUGAAAAAAAGACAAAUCCAUGAUAAUCCCAUUUUGUAACACAACAUUUUGAAAAAGUGAAGGGGUGUGAAUACUUUCUGAAGGCACUGUACAUGUCAGUGAUUUUAGAAUAGGGCUUUGCUUGAGAAAUUUGGGCUGAGAUGAUAGGGGAAGAAUAUAGACGUUUUAUACUAUACUUGCCUGCAGGGCAGAAAAUCCUAAAUGUUUUUAAAUGUAUAUUUGUCAACUGUCCAGAGGCCUCUGACCUAUCUCCCCCUAUGCAAAUAAAGUAUGGGGGGAAGGUUAUUUGACACUCAAAAUGUAUCUACCGUCACGUGAGAACAAGUAACGUGACAUAAAGCCAGCGAACGGGAAAUGCUCUCAGUACUUCCCAAAUAAUUUCACCAAAAACAGGGAGGGGUGUAAUCAUUUGUUUCAACCUUAGCAAACGGAAAAAGUUUAGCAAUGAAAACGUGAGUUUCUAUUGGACACAUUCUGAUAAAUCCCGCCCCAUUUGAUUCUGUUUAAGAAACGUUUUGCAACAGAAUUGGCGAAAUUAAUACGCUCCAGUACGGUAUGUUUAGAAACUUUGUGACUUCCCGGUGAAAACAGAUUUGUUUGACGCUGUUUGUUGUUCUGGUCUAUCACCUUGAGCCAACUCUCACAACCGGCCACCACAAAAGUUUUCGAUUGAGCUGGACAGAUUGAAGGAAACAGGCCUAUCUCUAGGUGGCGAUGGGUUCUAUGUUCCGCAGUCAGGAGGUGUGCCUGGUGCAGCUCUUCCUCCAGUCUGGUUCAGCCUACAACUGUGUCAGUGAACUGGGAGAACUGGGCCUGGUCGAGUUCAGAGAUUUGAACCCCAAUGUCAACUCCUUCCAGAGGAAGUUUGUGGGGGAGGUGAGACGAUGUGAGGAACUGGAGAAAACUUUCUCGUUCCUGGAGCAGGAGAUCAAUCGGUCUCUGUGGCCCCCCCUCCAUGGCCCCCUCCCUUCCCCCUGCCCGACACCCUCGGCCCCCCAGCCCAGAGACCUACUCACCAUUGAGGAAGAGAGUGAGAGGCUGGCCAGGGAGCUCAAAGAGGUGUCCAGGAACAGAGACAGUCUCAGAGCCCAGAUGACCCAGCUCAGCCAAUACAAAGGGGUUCUCACCCAGACCCACUCCCUCACCUCCUCACAGGGUUCGCCGCCUCCACUGGAAACAGUAGGCAUAUUGGAGCCUAACCGACAGGACGUCCACCUCAGUUUUGUGGCCGGUGUGGUCCACCCCUGGAAAGUCCCUUCGUUCGAGCGGUUGCUAUGGCGAGCGUGCCGUGGUUACAUCAUCGUGGACUUCAGAGAGAUGGAGGAGCAACUAGAGCUUCCUGUCACGGGGGAGAUGCAGUGGACGGUGUUCCUCAUAUCCUACUGGGGAGAUCAGAUCGGACAGAAGGUCAAGAAGAUCUGUGAUUGCUUCCACACACAGACGUUUGUGUACCCCGACAGCCCCACGGAGAGAGAGGAGAUUCUCCAGGGACUGCAGGGCAGAAUUGAAGACAUCAAAUCUGUCCUGUCCCAGACAGAGCACUACCUCCAGCAGCUGUUGGUGCGUGCUGUAGCCGUGCUGCCCCAGUGGAAGGUGCGGGUCCAGAAGUCUAAGGCUGUCCAGGCUGUGCUGAACCUCUGCAGCCCCUCCGUCACCGACAAGUGUCUGAUCGCUGAGGCCUGGUGUCCCGUCAGCAAGCUGCCUGAACUACAGAGUGCCCUGAGAGAAGGAGGGAGGAAGAGUGGCAGUGGGAUGGACUCGUUCUAUAACCGCCUCCCAUGCUCCACCCCUCCUCCCACCCUGUUCCCUACCAACUCCUUCACGGCCGGCUUCCAGAGCAUCGUAGAGGCUUAUGGAGUGGCCAGUUACCGUGAGGUUAACCCAGCCGUGUACACCAUCAUCACAUUCCCCUUCCUCUUUGCGGUGAUGUUUGGGGACGUGGGUCACGGCCUGCUGAUGUUCCUGGCUGCCCUCUGGAUGGUCCUGGAGGAGAAGGACCCCAAACUCAGGAACAACACCAAUGAGAUCUGGAGGAUGAUGUUUGGAGGACGCUAUCUGAUCCUGUUGAUGGGACUGUUCUCUGUCUACACUGGGGCCAUCUACAAUGAGUGUUUCAGCAGAGGACUCAGCCCCUUCAGCUCCGGCUGGCACGUACGACCCAUGUUCGAUAGCGGAGAGUGGAGUACAACAACUCUUAAAGAGAACAACUUCCUGUCCCUGGACCCUAACAUCACUGGGGUUUUUACAGGACCCUAUCCUUUUGGCAUCGACCCGAUCUGGGGUCUGUCCAACAACCACCUGACGUUCCUCAACUCCUACAAGAUGAAGAUGUCCGUCAUCAUCGGGGUGAUCCACAUGACCUUCGGAGUCUGUCUGUCCUUCUUCAACUACAAACACUUUAACCAGUUGAGCAGUGUAUUCCUGGUACUGAUCCCAGAGCUGUUCUUCAUGCUGUGUCUGUUUGGUUACCUGGUCUUCAUGGUCAUCUUCAAGUGGCUGGCCUUUGACACGGCCCACUCUAACUCCACCCCCAGCAUCCUCAUCCACUUCAUAGACAUGUUCCUAUUCACAGUGAACAAGGAAAACCCGCCCCUCUACAAAGGACAGAUUGUGGUGCAGAAGGUCCUUGUGGUGCUGGCGCUGUGUUCUGUUCCAGUCCUACUGCUGGGGAAACCCAUCCAUCAAUACAUCACCCACAAGAGGAACCACUGGCACAUGGCAGGAGAGAGCCGCCCCCUGUUAGAUGAGAACAAUUCCAUCAACGCUCAUCAGGGAGAGGUGGAGACGGGGAGUCACAGAGAGGAGGAGUUUGAUGCUGCUGAUGUGUUCAUGCACCAGGCCAUCCACACCAUAGAGUACUGUCUAGGCUGCAUCUCCAACACAGCCUCUUACCUACGACUGUGGGCCCUGAGUCUUGCACAUGCACAGCUGUCAGAGGUGCUCUGGGUGAUGGUGAUGCGUAUCGCCCUAAACGGGCAAGGCUACGUGGGAUCUGUGGUCCUGUUUGUAGUCUUUUCCUUCUUUGCUGUGCUGACAGUCUCCAUCCUCCUGGUCAUGGAGGGCCUGUCUGCCUUCCUGCAUGCCUUGCGUUUGCACUGGGUGGAGUUCCAGAAUAAGUUCUACAGCGGAACAGGCUACAAGCUGAACCCUUUCGCCUUCUCUUCCCUAAUCCACGCCUCGUCCGCUAUGUGAUCAAUUUAUUGACCGUUUUAAAUAUGUUUGAAUAAUUAACAACCAUUUGGCAAUCAGUCACUUGCUCUGCACCUAUCGCUCCCCCGCACAUUGAGAAUGAUUGCUCUCUUUUUUAUUGAAAGCUUGGUGUUUUGAAGAACUUGUUCAAUGUCCAAGAAUGCAUUGAGGACUUUGCACUGUGUUAUUGAUUAUGUGCCCAUUUCAGCAUGCAUGUUGUGUGAUCAGAAUAUCUGUUGUUACUUCUAUGGACUGACCAUGUGUUGCUUCCAGUAAUGUACAUUUUAGAUAAUAAAUGUUUUUUAUCAUUCACAUCCUCUUAGUUUAUCAUUCUAAGCAUGAUUUGAAAACUGUUGUAAUAUCUUCAUAGUGUUGUUUGGUUGAAUAACUCAGGAAAUGGUUGGUAUUGACUUUCACACAUGAUGAAAGUGAUCUCAAAGUCUGUAAAGAUAAAGGACACCAGUUGUCUUAACACAUCUGGUCUGAAAGACAAAGUAGACAUGAUGGCUGUGCUGCUUUUGUUAUUGGUAAUGUGAGCGACCCUUUAUGGUACUCAACACCUCCAGUUUCUUAUGUCGUAUUUGGACACGAUUAAUGAUUAUGGAAAGAACUUGUCAACCAUGUCAUUCACAUUAUGUCUGAUAUGAGCAGAGAACCAUCUGAAUGAAUAUCAACGUUUUUCCAAAGAUAAAGUUGAUUUGUGUGCCUUUGAGCCCAUCUAGUUUCCAUGUUUGUAAUCAGGCCUUAUCUGUUCAUUAGUCAUUGAGACUGAUCAUGGAACAUAUUCAAGCUUUUGAACAACUGUUAGUCUGCCGCAUUCUCUGUAUCCUGGUUCACAUCAUGCUGUCUUUGUUUUUACUAUCAGUGUGAUAAACUAUGGCUGAAAUGAAAUUAAAGCUGUUUUUUUUUUCUUUG